AUGCAACUCCCAGUGAUCGUAGUCACUUUCUGCUACGUCGCAUUCGCGCUGUACAACCAGGUCCUCGCGGACUCGAAGAUCAUUUGCACGUUCAGCUUGAUUUCGACAACACACUUCUGCCAGCAGCCCGAGCGAAACACUACCGUGUGGGCGGCGCUGCCUCGACUUAUCGAAUCGCAGGUUGCUGGAUUCGAGGCCAUCUCGGUCGAGUCGCGAGGAAAUGCGGAUAUCGUUAUGGACUUGACGGAGGCUCGCGUCCUAUCGGUGGACUUGAUCAACGUCAUCCGCUCUAGCGACCUCGAUUACAAUGCAGAACUGGCCGGUCUCAUCCAGCAGUUCGCCGAAGACGCACUCACCGUCAGUCGUGAUUUGCAGCGGCUGUCCGCCAAGAUCGGGACGGCAUUCGAUCAGAUUACGUCGACCAAUGCGCACAUGUACCGCCUCAUUCGCAGCCCUCCGCAAUCGUCGCUGCCGCAUUCCGGCAAAGCUUGCCGGAAAAUUUCGACGCUGGGCUCCGGUAUCGAGGAAAUCUGCGAAUUUCCGGAAUUCUCGCAGGUGUUCGACACGGCCGUACAGACUUACGAAAGAGUCCUACGGGACUUGAUGUACGCUAGCGGCGCCUCGCUGAUGAAGGUCAGCGGCCUCGAUGCCGACCUCGUGUCCAUCGGUGCAGUUCUUGCGGACGAGAAACGAGAAGCGCGUAUGGCCGAACAUGAAUUCCAGGGGCAGCUGCUAUCUGUUCUGCGACUCAACGAACGACGAAGGAGCAUUCUGGCUUACAACAUGCGCCUCUUAGAUCGUGUAGGCGAAUACACCGAACGCUCGCUACGCUUCGUGAGGAGCAUCCAGACGACGUUGGAGGGCAUGCAACGGGAGGUGGAGGAGUUACGGGCAGUCGUCGCACAGGGCGGUAUGGCGACCGCACCAUCUCCGGAGAUAGUGCUCGACGUGCUUUCUCGCGGGCUGGAGAGGUUGAAUGCGGCCAAAGUGCGUCCUGGUCUCGAGGGAUCCGGCCAAUGGGAGGUCGCUCGUCACCGCAGCUCGCCGGAGGUGGGCAUCCCUGAAGAGUGA